GCUCAACUGCUUCUCUGUUUUCUGGCUUUUGUCUUCCUUCGCCUGGCCACAGGGGCCAUGGAUGCCUGCUAUGACUCCCAAGGCCGUGCCCAGCGCUGCCUGCCCACCUUUGAGAAUGCAGCCUUUGGCCGGCAGGCUCAGGCGUCGAACACGUGUGGCUCACCCCCCGAAACCUAUUGCUUGCAGAUGGGCACGCGGGAUUCCAGCACUCCGUGCCACCGCUGCGACGCGGACGAUCCUUUGCUGCACCACAACGCCUCUUACCUGACAGACUUCCACAGCCAGGAAGAGCCUACCUGGUGGCAGAGCCAGUCCAUGGCUUUUGGGGUUCAGUAUCCCACCUCUGUCAACAUCACUCUGCACUUGGGGAAGUCUUACGAAAUCACCUAUGUGAGGUUGAAAUUCCACACCAGCCGCCCGGAAAGUUUUGCUAUCUACAAGCGUAGCCGGGCUGAUGGCCCGUGGAUUCCGUAUCAAUUCUAUAGUGCUUCAUGCGGCAAGACCUAUGGGAAGCCGGAACGGCAGUUUUUGAGAUCUGGAGAACUUGAGCAAGUAGCCUUCUGCACCGACGAAUUCAGUGACAUCUCCCCGCUGAACGGUGGCAACGUGGCCUUCUCCACCCUAGAAGGCCGGCCAAGUGCCUACAGUUUUGACCAGAGUCCCCUGCUGCAGGAAUGGGUGACGUGUACUGAUCUGCUGAUUUCUUUGGACCGCCUUAACACCUUUGGAGAUGACAUCUUUAAAGAUCUGAAAGUGCUUCAAUCUUACUACUAUGCCAUCUCAGACUUCUCUGUCGGGGGGAGGUGCAAGUGCAAUGGCCAUGCCAGCGAAUGCAUCCCAGACGAAGAUGACCAGCUGGUUUGCCUCUGCCAACACAACACCACCGGCGUGGACUGUGAUUCGUGCCAGCCGUUCUAUCAGGACCGCCCCUGGGCCCGGGGCACCGCCGAGUCAGCCAACGAAUGCCUUCCAUGCAACUGUAGCGGGAGAUCGGAGGAAUGCUAUUACGAUUGGGAACUGUACCGGCAAACCGGACACGGCGGCCGCUGUGUGAAUUGCCGGGAUAACACUGCCGGACCACACUGUGGACACUGCCGGCCAAAUUUUUAUCGUUGGGACGUCCAGAUGGCCUGUCAGCCCUGCAACUGCAACCAAGCAGGUUCUUUGAAUCCCCAGUGUGAUGAUGCAGGGAGGUGUAAGUGCAAAGCAACAGUGACUGGCUGGAAGUGUGAGCAAUGCCAAGAAGGGUUCCAUUCCCUGAGUGAAGGGGGAUGCAGGCCUUGUGCUUGUGACUCCGCUGGAAGUUUGGGGACGUGUGACCCGAAUUCAGGGCAUUGCAGGUGCAAGAAGAAAGUGGAAGGCUACCUGUGCAACAGGUGUCAGCCUGGAAGUUUUAACCUACAACCUCACAACCCAGAGGGAUGUACAAGCUGUUUCUGUUAUGGACAUUCAACUGUGUGCACAACGGCGCCAGGGUAUGAGGCCCAUGACAUUGUCUCUGACUUCAGACAAGGACUUGAUGGCUGGAGAGCAAAAGAUCCAGAUGGGCAAGAGAUGUUACUGCACUGGGAUAGAGAAGUCAUCUCCAUAGACCAAAAUGAACAGGACGUUAUUGGGUUUUGGGCUCCAGCGAAGUUUCGGGGCGAUCAGCGUUUUAGCUACGGCCAGCUGCUCUCGGUGGUACUUCACUUCGAAGACAACGCAACAGACGUCUCUUCUCCUUCCAUCCAGCUAGUUUUGGAAGGGGACGGUGUCUUUUUAUCCGCGAGACACGAGAACCCGGAAGACGGAGGGAAUGAAAUUCCAUGCAAGGAACGGAUUGUGUCCUUCAGGCUCCAUGAAGCGGAAGAAGCUAUGAGCUUGGUUUUGUCCCCGUUCCAGUUUCAGCAGAUGCUGGCCAAUCUGACGAUGCUUCAGAUCCAAGUCAGAAGUAAACCCAGAUCGGGCAGGAUUGCUCUAAAGGAAGUUCAACUCGCGUCCGCUCAUCCCGGUGACUCCCAACGGGCUUCGUGGGUUGAAGAAUGCAUCUGCCCCCAAGGGUACCAAGGCCGAUUUUGUGAACUUUGCACACCAGGUUACAAACGGGAGAUCGCCGGGGGGGGACGGUUGGCAAGUUGCGUGCCUUGUGCCUGCAACCAGCAUGGCAGCUGUGAUCCCAACACAGGCAUCUGCCAAUGUCUUCACAACACUGAAGGACCUGCCUGUGAACGAUGCACUGCUGGAUUCUAUGGCAACCCUUUCGUUGGCCAUCCUGAUGACUGCCAACCUUGCCCUUGUCCGGGACGAGCACCUUGCACAACUAUCCUGGACAGCGGGGAGGUGGUCUGCACACACUGUCCCCCGGGACAGAGAGGGCGGCUCUGUGAAUUGUGCGAUGAAGGCUUCUUCGGGGACCCUCUGGGAAGAAACGGAUCCGUGCGCCGUUGCAGCAGCUGCGAUUGCAGCGGCAACGUGGACGCCAACGCGGUGGGCAACUGCGACGCUUCCACGGGCCAGUGUCUACGCUGCUUGUACAACACAGCAGGGGAACAUUGCGAGAGGUGCCAAGCGGGCUUCUACGGAAACCCUUUGGCUGCCAACCCAGCCAUCAAGUGUGCACCCUGCAACUGUAAUCCUGGAGGCUCUGCCCAUGGGCCAGAAGCUUGUGACCCUGUUUCUGGCCAGUGUCGCUGCCUCCCCAGUGUAACUGGACGGGAGUGUACCCAGUGUGCCGGCGGCUAUUUUGAUCUACGGCCAGGACUGGGGUGCAGAAGUUGCCAGUGCCACCCAGUGGGGGCCCAGAACAACACUUGCCACCCCAUCACAGGGCAAUGCAUCUGCCAUCCUGGCGUGGCAGGGCUGCCGUGUGACCAGUGCCAGGCUGCGUUCUUCGGCUUCUCUUCCCGAGGCUGCCGAGCCUGCAACUGUUCCCAGAUUGGUUCAGUCUCCCUCCAGUGCCACAACAACAGCACGUGUGUGUGCAGUAAGGGCUUUGUGGGUUUCAAGUGUGACCAGUGUGAUGUUAACUACUUUUUUGACCUGGAAAGUCAGCAAUGCCAGGAGUGCCCUCUCUGUUACAGCCUUGUGAAAGAGGAGACAGACAGACUGAAGGACCAGCUGACAGAAAUGGAAGCGUGGCUGCAGAAGCCCAGCUGCGAUCGAUCAAAAGCAGAAUAUUACCAUGUUAUGCUUGGGGAGACCCAGCGUGGAGACCAGCUCCACCAUCAGUACCUGCUGGAAGGUACCAAAGCCGCUUUCUUGGAGAAGAUGGCUGAGCUGAGGGACCUGGUGGAUGAUGCGCACCGUCGGCUGAGGACCACCAGCAGCAGCAUCGGCUGUGACAGCCACCGGGCUGCCAAAACAUGUGGGCUGCUUUCUGACAUUUCUUCCACCCUGCAGUUCACCCAUCGGGAGAUCCACAUGGCCACUGAGAUACUGGAGACCAUGGAAUUUUCUUCUGAAAUUUCCUAUCAGUCUGCAAACUGGAGCCGCCAUGCAGCCAAGGCCAGCGCAUUGGCCCGCAGCCAUGCUGAAAUUGCAUCCCUGGCGGAAGACCUCGCCAGGAGGGCUGUCCUCGCCUCCAAAUCGAGUUACCAUCUUCUGCAAAAUGUCGCAAACGGCAGCGCGAUGCAGGAGUUCAGGCAAGAGGUGGAAGAGAGAGGGGAGAAAAUCCAAAGGAUUCAGGAAGAGCUUGUCUUGCAGUUGAAAGAUGCCAAGGCCAUGGUUUCCGUCCACCAGAGCAACACAACCCUGGUGCAAACAGCUGCUUUAGAGCUGCCUCUGAUCCUGCAGCGCCCUCUGAUGGAGCAAGCUGGAAAUCUUAUUCAAAAGGCGGAGGAAAUUAAAGAACUCGUUGGGAGGAAACACCGGCUGGCAACGAACAGAUCCUUGGUUGUAGGAGCUGAACUACAGAAAAAGCUGCAAAAGAUGCAGCCUCUGGAAGAGUUACGGCAAAGAGCAAACGAUGCCCAUGCGCUGGCGGAAUCCUCCCUCGCGAAGGGAGAGGCUGCGGUGUCUGGAGCAAAGGCCUUGGUGACAGUGCUGGAUGGAAUGAAGAACCGGGCUGCGCAUCCUAAAGGCCGCACUGUUGUAAAGAGGAAAAGGGUUGCAGUGCGGAACAGGACAGUUGCAGAGGCUCAGAGGAAGAUCAGACAGGCCCAGAGAGCUCUGGGCAAUUCUGGACCCCUUUCUGCAAAGGCCUUCAAAACUGCCAGUGAUGGGGAAUCACUCUCCAAGAAAAAUGCUAAGGCAGCUGAGGACAUGCUAAGGAAUGCAAAGCAGGAGAGGAAGCAGGUUGGCCAAGUUUCUGCCAACAUUGGUCUUACUAUGGCAGAAAUCUCCAGACAGGAAGAAAAGGCCAAAGAACUUGGGAUCCUGCUUGAGAAACCUGAGGAGGAUGGAGUGGAGAUGAGCAGUCUUGGCAAGGACCUCCGAGAAGCCCAACACUCCUUGGAGAUGGACAUUAGAGCCCUCAACCAUCUGCUCUCCAGUCUAGGAAACCUGGAUCAGUCUGUGGCUGUGCUCCAAGCGAGCCAGGUCCAGCUGGCAAGCUUGCGGCUGCGCCUGGUGGGGCCUGGUACCCUGAAUCAGACACUGGGCAUCUUGGAACAGGAAGCUGAGCAGCAACAGGAGAAGUUGGAGGCCUUUGAGCAAGAUCUGGAGGAGAUCCAGAGUGACAAGGAAAACCUAGAAGCCAUUCUUCGGAGCUUGCCCAGCAGCUGUUAGAGCUGAAAGGAGACUGAAAGAGGCUGGUGCCUAAGAAACUGUCAUAGAAUGAAGGCUGGUAUGAAUGAAAUAAGCAUAGAUACUUUUUAAAAGAAAUGUUCCCAGAAUGCUAUUGGUGAAGGAGUCAAAAGUAGGCAGAUUGAGCCAUCUUUAUUAGGGACAGAGAAUAGCUUCAGAAGCCAUUUGUCGUUCCGUGCUGCCAAGCCAUCCUUGACAAUAAAACCCUGAAAUGGCAAUCCCAAA